GAACGAAUAAAGAUCCGCAAAAUUAUGAUGAAACAGUUGAGCGCUUAAAAGAACAUGGCGUUUUAGUUGAGAAGAGCAAUGCAAAGGCUGUUCAACUAGCAUUAAAGUUAAAAGGAAUUCAAAUUUCUGAGCCAGAUAAAACAAAUAUUCCAUAUACAGGGAAGAAAAUUGCAUUACCAACUGUUAGCAACGAAGUAAAGGAAUUAUUAGCUACAAAACCACGAGUAAUUAAUAUUGGUAUUAAUAGUUUUACCGAUUCGAUUAUUAAAUAUGGUGGAAAAACUGUUCAAUUCAAUUGGAAGCCACGCGCUAAUGGUAAUAAGCGGAUGAUUAAGUUAUUAGAUGCACUAGAAAAGUAUGAUGACAAGAUUGACGCAGACAAUGAAAAGGUAAUUCAAAGAUUUAAGGAUGCAAAACCGUUUCUGACUGAUGUAGUUCCUGCUAAGACUGUUAUUCCUGAACUGAAUACUGAGCACAAGACAUUGUUGCAUGCAGGACCGCCAAUUACAUAUACAGAAAUGACAGGACCUAUGCAGGGCUCAUGUGUUGGUGCAGCAAUAUUUGAGGGCUGGGCAAAAGAUGAGAUUGAGGCACGAAAGUUAUUGGAAAAUGGAGAAAUAAGUUUAAUGCCUUGUCAUUCUGUUCAUGCCGUCGGACCAAUGGGUGGAAUUACAUCAGGAAAUAUGCCUGUUGUCAUUGUUGAAAACAGAUUGGACAAUACGAGAGCUUAUUGCACCUUGAAUGAAGGUAUAGGUAAGGUUUUGAGAUUUGGAGCAUACUCUCAAGAAGUUAUUGAUCGGCUAGUUUGGAUGAGGGAUGUACUCGGUCCAGUCUUAUCAAAAGCUUUAAAGAAAACUGAGGAUGGCCUUAACUUAAAUGUCUUAAUAGCACGUUCUAUUACAAUGGGAGAUGAGUUCCAUCAAAGAAAUAUUGCCGCUUCAGCAAACUUCUUAUGUUCAAUAGCGCCACUAAUUAGUGAACUAGAUAUUAGUGAGAAAGACAGAUACGAUAAGUAUCAAAAAGGUACUAUCGUAACUGCAAUGGCUAGAAAUGGACGUGAUUUUGGUAUCCGUAUUGCUGGUAUGGGAGACCAAUGGUUUAAAGCACCUGUAAAUACUCCUAAGGGCCUUUAUUUUGCAGGCUUUUCAGAGGAUGACGCUAACCCCGACAUUGGCGAUUCUUCAAUUACAGAAACUGUCGGUGUAGGCGGUAUGGCCAUGGUAGCAGCUCCUGGUGUAACAAGAUUUGUUGGUGCAGGCGGUUUUGAAGAUGCAUUAAGAAUUUCCAAUUCCAUGGAGAAGAUUAAUACCACUCACAAUCCAAAUUGGUCGAUUCCAACUUGGGACUUUAAAGGCACGAACUUGGGUAUUGAUAUUAGAAAAGUAGUAGAAACUGGCAUUGAGCCAAUUAUUAACACAGGUAUUGCACAUAAAAAACCAGGUGUUGGUCAAAUUGGUGCUGGUACUGUUAAAGCGCCAAUAGCCUGCUUUGAAAAGGCUUUGGAAGCCUAUGCUAAGACCUUAGGUAUCGAAGUUGAUUAA